AUGGUAAAGCGAAAGCGGACCUGGCCCGAGGAGGCACCGGGGCCUUUGCCGCAGUCAAGUGUCUCCAGUGCGAAAGAUUCGGACGUGCUUGGGGUUUUGCCGGGGAUUACCCGAAAGAUUACUGCGUGUGGAGCAUGUAGGAAGCAGAAGAUCAAAUGUGACAUGAGCAAUGGCCCGCCUUGCACUCGCUGCCAUCGACGGUCUUUGUCGUGUGUGUUGAACAAGAGUCUGCAGUCUUUGGUGGAAGAAGUCAAAAAUACCGAUGCUCUGCAAAAUGAUGUGCGCAAUAUCCACGAAGUCCUAGACGGCCUUUGCCAGCACCUCAGUCUACCUCGGCCAAAACCACUCUCGAAUAUCGAGUCAACCGAAGGGGAAAGCAAAGAACCCAGCCAAGAUGAACUGGAACGUGACAAUCCAGACCUGGAUGGCUGUGAAAUAUCACCACCCGACACCCCAUCCGCUGUACAGGCUCCCAUCGACACAUACCUGGAUAUCGCGAAACUCGGCAGCCCAGGAUCGUCCGAAAAUACGCCACCAAGCACGACGCGCCAAAGACCACAUUCAGUACCGCAGGACCUCAUUAGCAAGGGUCUGAUCAGCUCCAGUGUGGCCGACACCCUUGUCGAACGAUACUUUACGCGGCUCGACCCAUACCUCUAUGGCAUCUGCAGUGGAUAUCAGAAUCUCCAGCAGAUUCGAGAUAAAUCGCCAGUGUUAUUCGCUGCGAUAUGCACAGUGUCAGCACUGCAGGACCCUCAAGGCCAGCCGACCUACGAGGCGUGCAACCGUGAAUUCCGCCGUCUUGUGUCGCGAUCACUAUUUGAGAAACACGAUCUGGAAUAUGUUCGCGCACUAUGCAUCAGCUCAUUCUGGUUGUCGGAUGCGUCGCGGAUUCUCUCUAGCGAUGCCAUUCGCCGUGCAGCAGACAUGCGCCUGUACCGCAACUUCGAGCACCUGUCAACUCCUAUGGAUCCUCGGUUAAUAUCCGAGAAUCAUGGCUUUAUUCCAACAUCCCCGGAUACCAGCGUGUUGAAAGAUCGCGUGAGAUUAUGGUACCUCACCUUCAUCUCGGAUCAGCAUCUCUCCAUUCUCCACAACCGCGAUCCCCUCCUGCGCAGCGAUAAAGAAAUUGCUCUGAACUGGGAGACAUUCCUCACGCGAGACGACACAACCGACUCCGAUGUGCGGAUCAUCUCACAGGUCGCGCUGCUCGUGAUCAUGAGCCAAGUCCGCGACCUACUAGGCUCUGAACAGGAGGCUCGCGUCCCGCAGUCCUUGUCACACCAGAUUAUCCACUACUCGCGGCAGCUGGAUCGGUGGUUCACCAAGUUCUCUGCACUCUUCAAACCAGACCCUUAUAUCGGCGAGUUCCCCAAACGCGGGCUGCAGCUACACUACCAUUUCGGCAAGCUCUACCUCGGACACCAGGUGUUCAAGGGCCUCAACGGGGACGCCAUUCCGCCGCAUUUCUUGACUGCGGCUAGCAUGGCACACGAGGCGGCCGUGGCUAUCUUUGAAAUGAUCCUGCACGAGGAGCAUCUCCAGCAGAGUUUGAUUGGCAUGCCGCACUAUUUCCAUAUCAUGAUUGCGUUUGCGGGUCAUUUCCUGUUGGAAGCGACCAUGAACUACCAUGCCCAACUGUCCAUUGCACUCAAUGAAAACUUUGAGUUGAUUCGCAAGGUCUUGGAGCUUUUCCAAAAUAUUCCCUGUGUGCAGCAGCAUCCUAUCUGUCGCAUGACGCCGGGUCUUAUCCGCAAAUUGCGUGAGUGUGCUGGUGCUGCGCAUCGCAGUAAUGACCAUCUAAUGUCCUCGCUGGCGACAUCAACUGGGGCAGUGGACUACAACUUACAGCCGGUGUCGGGGAACUUGCAGCCACCAGAAGGCUCGUUUUCGUUUCCUGGGGAUGACCUUGAGACGCCAGUAGAUGACUUUUUGUUAGCGGACUUUGGGGAGUUUACGUUCCCUGGGAUGAUGUCGAACGGCAUGACAUAG